GUCCAAACUACCUCAGGGAAACUUUUUCGUACAAUAGCUUUAAUUUAUAUGUGAACAGUACAUUUAAUAAGUAAGGUAAAGGAUUAGUGUUAUUUGAGAACAGUUGAAACUGUACUUGAGUUGCUAAAUAUCUAAACUGUAACUAAUCGAUCUCAAGACUAACUUUUAUUAAAAAUGAACUCUUCACCGAAUAAAUUGUCUGAUAAUCCUCAUGCCCAUUUGUAUAAAUGUAAAGAGAGGAAACAGUCACAGCAUGAAAGAAGAAUAAAAUUUCUUGCAGAACUAAAAGAAAAAAGAUCUAAAUGUGCAGACGAAAAUAGACAACUAUGUGAAACAUUUCUUUCAGAAAUUAAUGUUGAAAGUAGUAUGGAUGAAAGUGUAGAAGAAAAUACACAAAUAUGUGAUGCAACUAAAGAAAUUGAUAGUGAAAAUAGUAUGAAUGAAAGUGGUAUUGAGGAAACCCGAUGUGAAGAUAUGGAGAUUGAAAGUGGAAAAAAACGGAGAAGAUCUAUAAAGUUUAAACUUAUGUUAACUGAGUGGUUUCUUGAUAUUCCAGAUGAUUUAGAAGAAGAUUGGAUUGUCAAAUUUUGUCCCGAAGGUCUUCGUGUACUACUUAUUAGUGCACGUCAUAUCACAAGAUUUUAUAAUGGGAAAGGUAAAUUGGUUUUCAAAACAAAAACAAAGUUUCCUGGUGGAGGAAACUACAAUUCACGUGGGACUACAAUCUUAGAUUGUAUUUAUAAUAAACAAACUAGAACAAUCUUUAUAUUAGAUUGUCUAUAUUGGAAUUCUCUAUUUACAGUACCUAGUGAAGCUACAUUUAGGUUUUUCUGGCUGGCAGCCAAGUUUCAAGAAAUGCCAGAAAUGUCUGAUUGUGAACGCUCAAGAUAUAAAUUUAUUUUGAUGGAUAAUUUCCCUGCUGAAAGAAGUUUAAUUCAAGAAAAAAUGUUUGAUGUAUUGAAAAUACAAGAUAAAGAAGUCCUAUACGAUGGAGUGGUUUUUUACCACAAAGAAUCUGAAUACACUUUUGGAGACACCCCUCUAGCAACUUGGCUUCAUUCAUUUAUGUUACCUGAAAAACUUGGUAUAGAUAUUCCUGAAAUAUAUCAGCAAAAAAUGCCGACGGGUUACAUCAAUUUGGAGCAUUUUAUUGAGAAUAGGGAAAAGUUUAGAAAACAAAAAUGGCAGCAGAAUAAAAAAAAUAAAAAAGAAAGUAUGGAAACUUAAUACUGAAAAUCUUUAAUAUAAUGUUAGGGCAAAAGUAUAGAGAAAGUGCCAGUGAAGUUAGCUGCAAAUGAAACAUCAAAUUUGCGUUUGCGGUAUUGCCAUGUCCUUAUUAUGUAUAUGGUUUAUGCCUCAAAUAUGCUUUGAAACAGUACAUUUUUAUUAUAUUAUUUUAAGGAAUUGGGUAUUUUUUAAAUUUACAUAAAUCACGAACCAAUGAAUACUUGUUUCUAUUGAUAUUAGUUGCAGUUAGUUAUUAGAAAAAAAAUAUAAUUGGGCUGUGGUAGAUUAUCAAAUAAACUUGGCAAUACUGUUAAAACUUUCAAAACACUAGUUGUCAGAUUGCAACAGAUGUUCAGCAGAUUUCCAUUUUAUGACUAUUUUCUUAUAAUUUUGUAUACCUGAAUACUUUAAAUGGUACCAGAAUAAUUUAAAAACUAAGAAUUUAAAAGCUUAAAAAAUUAAAGUUUUUUUAAAUUAUAAUAAAUUAAUAAAACUUCUUUUAAAAACUUAAAAAUAAUGUUUAGUAAAAUUAAUUAACAUUAUAUGGCAUGCUCUUUGGUGAUUUAUUAAAAUGACAUGGCAACACUGCCAAAUGCAAAACUUUUCCUCAUUUGUAGCUAAAGCUAACUUCACCAGCACUUUCUCUAUACUUUUGCCAAUGUUAGAAUUUUUACAUUAUUAUUUAUGUAUAUAUUAUACAUUUUGACUGACAAAUGUUUUUAUUAUUUAAACAUGAAUGUACUGAUAAAUAUGGAAAGAUGCAAUUGUUAAUAUAAGUUCAGAUUUAAUGUUGAGAAUAAAACAAAUUUAUCUGUCCCUAUUCUUAUGUGAGUUUACCCUAGAUAUUUCUUGUGGAACAAAUUUAAGUGAUACUUCCCUAUUGCCAUUACUUUUUACUCAAAGUCCCUCUCCACAUUAUGUUGUCUCUUCUUUUAAGAGCUUGGUUUUAUUUAUGAUAUUCUAAUUUUAAUAGUUCAGUAUAAAAAUAGCAUAAUGAAAAUAUAUAGGAAUUUUUUCAGUCCUGAUUUAUAUGACUAUGAUUAGUGUUUAUAUUAAUUUUAAAAAAUUAUAUAUUAUAACUGUAUUUUCAAGUAGUAGGUCAGUUGUAGUAAAUAUAUAUUAAUUAUAUUAUAAUUGUGAGUUUAGCUAUUAUAAAAUUAUAGUUUAUAAAAGACUACUACAAAUGCAGGUCCCAAAUGAUAAUAUAAUAACAGCUUUUGCCAAAAGAUCAUGUCUGCUAUUUCCUUUCUAAAGUAUUCACCUCAGUAUCAUAAUUCUCCAAAAACAUAUUCCAAUUGUAUUACUUCAUUAAAAUGUGCAACAAAAAUACAUCUAAAUCCACAAAAAAAUAACUCUUACAAUGUAAUCUGAAGAGACAGGUAACGGGUACAAAAAC